CAUGGCGUAUAAAAGGAAUGCUCAUCAAGGAAAAGAUCAGUCUUAAGAGGAAGUAAAGUUUCUAAGCACAGAGAGUCCAAAAUGAGAAGUCUAGCUAUUCUCUGUGCACUUGCCCUGCUCGUCUGCUUGUUCACCAACGCGGAAGCUGCGUGCAAUGUGGGAGGCAAAAUGGUACCACCAGGUGUGCACAUUGACAAAUGCAUAAGAUACACCUGCCACGAGGGUGGUCACCUAAGUGCAGUUCCAUGCGCACUAGCAACCUGCGAGAAUCUGCUCGGCUACACUGAAACGGAUUUGAGCAAACCUUAUCCAGAUUGUUGUCCACGGCCCAUAUGUGGCAACUAAUAAUGGAAAAAAGCGUGUACUCGUUAUUAAAUAUUUAAUAAAGCAGCGGAAAAAUAUGAAAAAAA